ACUUGACAGUUAUAAGAAAAAAAAUCAUGAUCAAUGCCAUCUUAACAAAGUGAAACUACUUAACAAGACAAAGAUAUUUCAAUAUAUAAGAUGCCUUGAUAAUUUUUUGAGUUGUGCAGGUUAUGGAAAGGCAGAAACAAAAGAGCACGGUGAUGCUGUAAUGUUUAAGAAUGCAUGUGAUGAUGGGAUGACGUCAGUGGUUAAUGUAUUUGACUGAAAACUACUGCAUGCUUGUCUUUAGCAAUUUAUUAUACACCUCCUUUUAUUUCACGUUUCCUUCUCAUACCCUUUGUUUUAUUACCGAUGACGAAUGGAAUGAAAAAUAAUUAAUGAAAAGGAAGCUGACCAAGAACAAUUAGGCGACAGACGAGGCUACUCCCAACACAAAUACGAAACAAAUACGACAAAAGAACGAUUUGGGAGCUAAUAUCUUACAUUAUUCUUCAGGGAUUUUCUCGUUGAACGGUUAUGAAAUAAGGAAUGUGGGAAAAAGCGCCUCGCAUUUUGUGGCUCCGUGAUACAUUUAAUUAAUCGAGGAGAAGAUGUAAAAGAAUAACACUUCUUCCGUCAGUCUUCAUAUAUAGUUCCUUUGUUUACCCAGAGAGAGAGAGAGAGAGAGAGAGAGAGAGAGAGAGAGAGAGAGAGAGAGAGAGAGAGAGAGAAAGCAAUAUCUAUGCUGCCUCAAGAGCUUUCCUGCCGGUGGUACUCUGUUUUCCAGUCUUCCACAUCUCGUCCCUGUCCUCCACCCUAGCUCCGCGCCCUCACCCUCUCGGGCGCAAUCACUGCCCGCGGUCCACCACUGCUACAGCCGCUCAACAGCCAAUAAGGAAGAGCAAUUACUGCCCACAAGUGUACCUGGAGGUGGAGGAGAUUUUAUCAAAAGAUAUUGGGUUGUCCUCUAUUGUAGAAUGACCUAUAAUCGAUACAUUCCUCAGCAAACACACACACACACACACACACACACACACACACACACACACACACACAGCAUGGAGCCCAUGAAUCCACACUUUGGAAAUCCUUGCGUCAGCUUAGACUAUUUGCUGUGUUCAGUGAGUGCUGCUACAAAAUAGCCUUUGAAUAUGUACUGGCGUAAGAAAAUCGUAUUACAUUAUAAGAACCUCUAAUCAGUGGAACUAUUCAUGCUCACGUGCAAUGCUACUAGUUAAAAAAUAAUAUUACAGAAUAUUACGAAACGUCUGAGAAUUUACGACACAUUUCUUCAGAAUAUAAAACAGGUGAAGUAAAUCUGUAUCGAGUGGCUCCGAGCACACCAGUGGUCCCACGAAAUCGAACACCCAUUCGAGGCCUGUCCCUUCCCUGCUAUAGAAAACUCAGCAGGAGUAGGAAUGAGCCCGCCGAGGCGCACAGGAACACUCUGGUGUAGCACGUGAAGACUGGUCAUGAUGGGAGGGGCACGGGCGGUGUUGUGGGCUGUCCUGCUCACUUCUCUGUUUACAGCUGCGUGUGGCCGCGUCUUCUGCUACAAUGGAGGGCGGUGUGUGUACAACCGAUGCAUCUGUCCCAGGGGCUUCUACGGAUCCCGCUGCCAGUAUGACCGCGACGAGUGUCAGGUGAACAAUGGCGGAUGUGAACACUCCUGCAAGAACACCGUGGGCUCCUUCAUGUGUUGCUGCAGCCCGGGGGACAGACUGAGGCGUGACGGCCGCACGUGUCAAGAUGUGAAUGAGUGUGAGUUUCACAACGGCGGAUGCUCUCACGAAUGUGCCAACACUGUGGGCUCCUACCGCUGUCUCUGUGGUCCCGGGAGCCGCCUGAUGCCCGACGGACGCACCUGUGUUGCUUCGCCCUCUUGUGCCACGAGACGCAGGCCUAACAUGGCGUGUCGUCUUGCAGGUGAGGCUUCGUGUGGCGUGAGGAAUGGCGGCUGUGACCACUACUGCGACGACACCGCUGGCAGGCCAAAGUGCUCCUGCCGGCCAGGAUACAUACUUGGCCAAGACGGACGGCGAUGCGAGGCGGCGGAUCCCUGCGUGGUGGAUAACGGUGGCUGUCAACACAUCUGCCUACAAGAGCAGGGCCGUGCACGCUGCACAUGUCAAAGAGGGUUUACUUUGGCUAACGACCGUGUUUCGUGUGUUGAUCUUGAUGAGUGUAAUAUACCAGGCACCAGCAGUCAGCAAUGUCGGAAUACCUGGGGCUCCUACGAGUGCAUCUGCAACUCUGGUUACCAGCUUGGCACUGACAACAAGUCCUGUUACAUGAUCGACAUGGAGGUCAUUAACUCUUGUCUUGAAAACAACGGUGGUUGCCAGCACAUGUGCCAGCACGGGCCAGACGGAGCCACUUGCACCUGUCACCCGGGAUACCAGCUACAACCUGAUGGGCGCUCCUGUCAGGAUGCGGACGAGUGUGAGGCUGGAAGCCAUCGGUGCCAACAAGAGUGUGUGAAUAGCGAAGGAGGCUACGCCUGCGCUAGCACACAAGGCUUCACAUUGAGCUCUGACACCUUCACUUGCCUGGAUGUGAAUGAAUGUUCAAUGGAGAACGGUGGAUGCGAGCACGAGUGCCAGAACACGCAAGGCUCCUUCACGUGUUCUUGCCGCAGAGGCUACGUUCUGGUCGACGAAGUCCACUGCGAUAUCUUGGGCGGUAACUACGACGUGGACUACUCUGGCUACAGCAUCCGAGGCGACCAGGACAUGGGUUCGACAGCCAUAGAGGACUACUCGACGGUGCUGGACGGCGAGACGACCAGAAACCGUGACGCGUGGAAUGACGUAACUUACGCAGAGUACAGCAAGAUUAUUACCCUCCAGACGCGUAAGUCAAGAAGCGCACAGCGCACACAUUUGCUGUGUCUGCUUGAGUGUGUGAUGUUAAUGUUUGUGUGUCGCUGUGAGAACGGCGGCACAUGUGAUCCCGUGACUGGCAACUGCACGUGUCCACCAAGCGUGUCCGGAGAAUUUUGUGAAAACGGCUGCCCUGCAGCUCCACAGACCGGAGUCAAUAUUAUACUCGAGCACACAACCAUGAUGAUGAUCGUAACCUUUACUUCCCAGAGUGGGGUGUGCGAGUGUAAAGCAGGAUAUGUUGGCAUUGACUGCUCCAAAGAGUGCCCAGAGGGAAAGUGGGGCGCCGGGUGUCUGCAUGAGUGUCAGUGUGCCAAUGGAGCCACGUGUCACCCCGCUACGGGCGUUUGUGGCCUAGACUGUCCCCCAGGAUUCAUGGGAACCGAAUGCAACACACCGUGUCCGGCUGGUCACUAUGGACCGGAGUGUAUGAAGGCGUGUAUGUGCGGCCUGCGACCCUGCGACCCAAGCACAGGCGUGUGUCUCUGUCCGGCAGGGAACAAGGAACCAAACUGCAAUCAAGCGUGUUCUGAGGGACAGUGGGGACAAAGCUGCUUGAGGAAGUGCGAAUGCCAAAACAGUGCUACGUGCAACUCUGUGACUGGAGAAUGCCACUGUCAGCCAGGAUAUGUGGGCCCUACGUGUGAGGCAACGUGCUCCGCCGGCAGGUAUGGUGUCAACUGUAGUGGAAUAUUAAUUUUUGGAGGCACAACUGUUUAUUCGACUUGUGGUCAUCCCCACAGGUGCCAGUGCCUACCGGGAUUCACGGGUCUUAGCUGCGGUCAGCCCUGUCCCCUGGGACGAUUCGGUCAGGACUGUGUACAAGUAUGUGACUGCAACGACGGUGGUGGGUGUGACAAGGUGACCGGGGAGUGCACAUGUGCGCCGGGGUGGCGAGGGUCUCAGUGCAAACUCAAAUGCGAGGAGGGUCGCUAUGGAGCAGGUUGUGCCAUGAACUGUAGCUGUGCCACUGGAGGCGAAUGUGACCACAUUUCGGGCGCCUGCAUGUGUCGUCCAGUUUAUAUAAAUCAGAUUAUUCUUGCAGGGUGGCGCGGGACAUUCUGCUCCAGGCCGUGCCCAGACGGGUUUUGGGGCAUAGAGUGUCGGUACCAGUGUGACUGUGAUGUUGGCGCGACCUGUGACCCCGCCACGGGAGUGUGCUCGUGUCCGCCUGGCAAACGCGGCCAUCACUGUUCCAACACUUGCCCGGAGGACCGAUGGGGAAGCGACUGUCAACACGUGUGUUUGUGUCAUAAUGGUGGAACGUGUGACCGCGUGUCAGGGGCGUGUGUGUGUACCCCGGGCUACACCGGUGCCACGUGUCAAGAGAGGUGUCCUACGGGAACCUUUGGAAGUGGAUGUCAACAUACCUGUUUGUGUCAGCACGGUGCCAACUGUCAGCACGACACCGGGGCGUGUGUGUGUCCCCCAGGGUACACCGGCACACACUGCCAGCGAGGUAAGACCACAAUCGGAUAUUUUUGUCAUGACCACGCAGCUACUGGAGAAUGCCAGUGUGGGCUGGGAUGGACAGGACCAUUCUGCGACCAGGCGUGCGAUCCAGGCAUGUAUGGACCUGACUGCCGCAUGGACUGUGCCUGUCACCACAAUGCUUCUUGCGACCGCUUCUCCGGCUGCUGCGAGUGUGGUCCCGGCAGAUACGGGCGUUAUUGCGAGUUAUGUCCGGCAGGGUUCUAUGGGGCGUAUUGCACUAGUGUGUGUGACUGCCGCAACGGUGCCACGUGUGACCCUAAGACUGGCCAGUGCCGCUGUCCCCCGGGUUUUAUGGGUGACACUUGUGGAGAAAUGUGUCCACAAGAAAUGCCACUGUGGUCUCUACCCGUGCCACCGGGAAACCGGAGUAUGCCAGUGUCCGCCAGGCAGGACGGGACCAAAUUGUGCCAUGGAUAUGUUUAUGUAAGAAGGCAUCACAUGGGCUGUCGAGAGAGCUGUCUUUGUAUUUCAGCUCAGUUUUCCAAAGCUUUCCGCUACAGAAUUAUGAGCAGAAGCACUUCCAUUAUUGGUUUUCAUCAAUCAAAACGUGUGCUCUCAAUAAAUCUAACAUUAUUGCUGUGUCUUGCAGCAUGUGUGGAGGGCAAAUAUGGUCCCGGUUGUCAGCAAGUGUGUGAAUGUUACCAUGGCGGCAGCUGCCAUCCCGCCACUGGCCACUGUUCUUGUACCCCGGGUUGGCUGGGACCCACCUGCCGCGAGGAGGAUGGUGAGUAUUUCACUCCUUGCUUUGAGAAAAAAUGUAUACUUAUAACGCUAGACAUCCUUCAACGCUAUUAACUAACGUCUAUCUCUUUCCUUCCCACACGCGCAUUCAGGAGAUCGAAGUGAGUAUUCCUCCAGCCACUUACUCACACUUGGCGAUACAAGCUUAUCAAUUGCAAUAUUAGGAAUAGGUAUACCACAGGUAGAUGUAUUACAAAAACAGUACAGAACACAUUUAUUGAUAACUGGUUUAAAUAUUAUGUUUCCUCUCUCCCAUGGUGCUUCAUCUCAUCACUAGUCUCCUACCUGACGACCAGCGACCAGCGUGGCCGAGCAGACAUCCCAGUGGAGCUGAGCUGAUUUGAUAGCGACCAGUCCAAGCGACGCCCAGCGAGGCCACGUGACCACGAACAAUGAUUCUUUUAUUUACUGAUCUCUAAGGAGACACUUACAGGUGUAGUGUCUCCAGGCCGUGUGUGUGUGUGUGUGUGUGUGUGUAAAAGAUUCAGGACAAUGAGUGACGGUGACGAGAAUAGUGACUACAUUGUACGUAGACUAGUGUCGUGUUCAUUUCUGGCAGUUUUUAUUUCCUGUGUUGAUAUUCGCUCGAUAUGACGCGCACAAAAUUCCGCUGCAAGUCUGAAUAGUGCACCGAGCGAGCCACACGUGAAAUGGUACACAACGCAAACCUUGACCAGUGCGGGGAGUCGCGUGGCCGCGGACAUGACUCAAGAGGCCAUUCUGGUGAUGCUCGGUGAUCUUAGUGUGUGUGAAGGUGCAAAAGGCGCUCCUCUCAUUAUGAUGUCUAUUGCAAAUAUUGAUAAAAUUGCAAAUAUUGAUAAAAAUGUGAAUGUGUUGUGGCGCCGCAUCGAGUGAUCGGUAGGUCACCAGUGUGCUCGGUAAUGCUAGUGGCGGAGAGAGACGCUGCCUUGAAAAGGCACCGGAGAGAACUGAGGCAGGCGCCUUGGAAACAAUGAAAUCCAAGUGGCAAGAAAACAGCUGCAAAAGAAAGGAACGAAAAAAGAUGAGAGAAGAUUUUUGUCGUGAAAGAGGCAAGUGAUCAUAACACAGCAAUAAAUUAACCAUCUGACCACUUGUUCUCUUCUAGGUCAUGACUUUCAUUAAACGCCUAAGGGCAAAAGCAAAUUGUAACAGAGACGCCUAGGAAGAAAAGUACGCUUGCAUUUUUUGUUAGGCAAAUGAGACGAGAGAAAAUGGCAGCUAUGAGCCUGAAAUGAAGGAGGGACUACACUAAACUUUUCCAGCUUGUCGGAAUGUAUUUAGGCGUGCAGUCAGUACAUAAAUUCCCUGCUAACUAGGCCGUAUAUUAGAGUGAAGAAAUCAAUUAGGUAAAAGCUACAUCAUAAAUAAAAUCAACAUCCGCCAGGCAUAGAAAGAUAUUUUGACAUGCAACACCGACAUGUCCCUGAGUUACUCCAGUCUCCUCUAUGACCUGUGACCAUCAAUAAAUAGGUGAAAUUUGUUUUUGAGCUUCAUAGCCCUACUAGGUGAAGGAACUCAGGAUGCAAGGCCCCAAUCAAGAGAGGAAACGUCCAUACAGAUCAACACAAACGCAUUUCCCGUCAGGACGGUACUAACACAAAAGCGAAUAGGUAACUAAUAACUAUCCAUGAUGCAGCCGUUCGUUAACUCUAGCAGGAUAACAGCACACAUUCAUUAUUCUGCUAUGUAUUGUAUACUCAAAUACCUUGUUGUCUGAAUUGUACACCAUCAGCCAUUUAUUAACAAUAAAUCCACAUUUUUUUUAUUUGAAAUGAAUAAAAGAAAUUAAAACAG